AUGAUUUAUUCAAAGGCAAAAUUAUGUGCACUUCAAAUAGCUUUAUCAACUGGAUACUUUUUUGCGGAUAUGUUUGAUUUUUUAAUAAAAAAUAUAUUUAUGGAUUCACCUGGAAUUUGGUUUCAUCAUAUUUUAGUAACAGCAGUAUUUAUUUCAUCCACCUUGAGUUGUAAAUAUUUUCCAUAUUUAACAGCAACACUGUUGGUAGAAAUUGAUUCUUCUAAUUGGAAGACCAAGCCAAAGCAAAAUGAUACAAAUCAAGACACUUUAAAAUCUAAAGCAAACGAUAACAAUAACAACAAUAAUGGUAUUAGUUCAAGCACAAAACCAAAGUCAAAAACAAAAACAAAACCUGCUAUCAAAGAUUCACAAUCUGACCAAAACAACAAACCAGCUUCAAAACCUGCAAAAAAUAAAUCACAUCAAAACAAUUAUAAUAUACCUUUUAUUCCUCCAGAAUUUGAUUCAACUCCAUAUUGGAAUCAAUCAUCAUCACCGCUACCAUCCUCGCCAUCAUCUUCACCACCGCCUACUGAUGAUGAAGUUGAAAUUGAUGAUAGCCCAGCAGUAGAAAAGACACCAAGGCGUGUUGAUAAACAUGAACGUGGUGAACGUUUACUAACAAUUAAUGUUGAACUUGAGAAAGAUUGCUCACAAACCAUUUAUGUUCAUGUUAAUGAUGAUCCUGCUGAUUUAGCAAAGGAUUUUUGUGAUUUAUGGAAGAUCACAAAUACUGCAGUUGUACCUGAAUUAGAAAAAUUGAUUAGAGAAGAAAGAGAAAAAACCGUUUUAUCAAAUAGAAGAAAGUUGUAUAAAUGA